AUGUCUGAUUCCGAGCCUGAGGAGAAGCCCAGCUUUCCUCUUGAACAUUACACCAUCGGCUGGAUUUCUGCACUUUCAGAGGAACUGGGGGCCGCCCGUGCUAUGCUUGACCAAGAACAUGAGCGUCUCUCACAUCAACACCGCAAUGAUGAGAAUACCUACAUUCUGGGUAACAUCAAGCAGCACAAUAUUGUUAUGCCCGUUUUGCCUGAGUAUGGUAUCAGCUCUGCCACCAGCGCUGUCAAGUCAAUGGUACACACGUUUCCUAAAUUAAUAUUCAUUCUCAUGGUGGGAAUUGGAGGCGGCGUACUAAGCAAGAAGAACGACAUUCGGCUUGGUGAUGGUGUUGUUUCUGAGCCCAACGGUCAAGGAGGCGGUGUCAUCCAGUAUGAUAUGGGAAGAAUGGAAAUCGAUACCUUUGUCCGCGUGGGCGUUAUGAACAAGCCCCCAAAGCUCCUUUUAUCCACGUUGCGCACGCUGAGAUCAGACCCUAAACAGGGCAAGAAUCUCUCAAGGAUCCUUAAGAAGGCCCUGGAAAAGUGCGAUGACCAGGAAGAUUGGGCUUAUCCCGGCUCCGAAAAGGACAUACUCUUCAGACCCGAUUAUCCUCACCUCAGAGGCGACGACUGCGACGCGUGCAACGAGGACCAGAACCCCAAGAACAUGGUCGAGCGCAAGCCUCGGAAGUCCAAUAACCCCAAGAUUCACUACGGGAACAUUGGAUCUGGCAAUAUGGUCAUCAAGGACGCCCGACGGCGUGACAGCAUUGCAGAAAAGGAAAGCCUCUUGUGCUUCGAGAUGGAAGCGGCGGGUCUUAUGAACGAGUGGCCUUGUCUGGUCAUCCGGGGCAUCAGCGAUUAUGCCGACUCGCACACAAAUGGGGAUUGGCAGCAGUAUUCAGCCAUGGCCGCUGCCGCAUAUGCUAGAAUGCUGUUGUUGGAGGUUCCGCUUCAGAAGGUUGAGGAGCUGGAGCAAGUGCGGGAGCUUGUUCAAGGCAUCAGGAAGGAUGUCGAUACUCUUGUCGGUGUGAAACACGAUCGUGAUGCUACCAAGAUUCUUGAAUGGCUCACUACGGUGGACUACGCCCCUCAGCAUAACGACUUGUUCAGACAACGACAACCCGGAACUGGUCAAUGGUUCCUGGACUCACAAGAGUUCCAAACCUGGGUAACAUCGAAAACACCCAAGUUAUUCUGCCAUGGGAUUCCUGGUGCGGGCAAAACGCUCAUCACAUCAAUCGUCAUCGACCACUUAUGCCAACGGUUUGGCAGCGACCCGAGCGUGGGGAUUGCUUACAUUUACUUCAAUUUCCGGAAGCAAGAUAUCCAGAAGCCUGAAGAGCUUCUUUUGAGUUUAUUGAAGCAGCUUACACAAAGAAGCUCCCCUCUUCUCUCGUCCGUCACAGAUCUCUUUGGGAAACACGAGACAUUUCGUACCAGGCCAGCACUGGAGGCUACUAUUGAGACCAUUCACGAUGCGUGCUCGAAGAACUCAAAAACUUUCAUUGUCCUUGACGCACUAGACGAGUGUCACCCUCCCAACUUAUCCAAGUUCCUGGAUGGGCUGCAUACACUCCAAAAAGACGGUGGACUUAACAUCUUUGCCACUUCCCGAUUCAAGCCAGAGGCUACACCCCUCUUUCUAGAAUGUCUCGAGAGAGAGAUCAAAGCAGCUGAUGAAGAUAUCCUCAAGUAUUUACAGGACAGAAUACAGCACAACUGCCCUGACUAUUUGUGUGAUGUUGACUUGCGCCAGAUGGUUGAGAAAGGAGUCUUGGAAGCUGCUAGUGGAAUGUUCCUUCUUGCAAAGUUCCAAACUGACUCAUUGCUCUCUCAGCCCACAAAGGGGCACCUCUUGGAAGCUUUACAGAACCUAGGAAAGGGGGAACUGGCGCUAGAUGAUGCAUACGACCAAAUAAUGAAGAGGAUCACAAAUCAACCACAAAAGGACAUGGCCAUGGAGGCAUUGCUGUGGAUCGUGUACUCAAAAAGGCCACUGGCGACUUUGGAACUCUUGCACGCUCUUGCCGUUGGAAAGGGCGCAAAGGCUUUCAACCCUGACUAUAUCCCAAAGCUCCCUGACCUACUGGCACUUUUUGCUGGGUUAGUCGUUUUCGACAAAGAAAGCAACAUCAUCCGACUGGCUCAUCAGACCGCCCAGGAGUAUUUUGAACGAAACAAGGGUUAUUUUCCGGAGGCAGCGUCCUUCAUCACAAAGGCGUGUGUCCAAUAUCUUUCAUCUGGCAUCCGUAUAUACAAGCCUCUUAUGGCGGUUGUCGAUGCAAUCUACCUCCUACUUGAAAGCCCCUUCUCCGGCUAUGCAGCGCAAAAUUGGGGCCAUCACGCGCGUGACAGUUUCGAAGAGAAUGGAACCAAGACCAAAGAUAUAAACAAGCGAAUCAUGUCCUUCAUAAACUCAGGGACCAACGUCGUUUCAUCGUCCUUCCUCCUGCAGUUCACCAAAGCCGGAAGAAUACGGCCUGACCGUAUGGUGACGGGGCUCCAUCUCGCAGCAUCUUUUGGGCUGGUCGAUCAAGUCAGUACUCUCUUACGCCACGGCUAUGAUCCGCUUCAGGCCGACACCAAGGGAAUGACACCAUUGCUCUGGGCGGUUUGGGAAGGACAAAACAGAGUGGUAGAGCUGUUUCUGGCAGGUGGCAGGGUUGAUGUGAACCUGAUGUAUCCUUUCAGGCACGACCUCCCUAUUUGGCAAAAGUCAAGACCAGAUCUGAAACUCCCAGAAAUUCCCCACGCUUAUGCUUUUCCACGAGAAGCAGGGUUCCCAGAUAUCGUCGAGAUGCUACUGAAUAGUGGCGCAGAGAUUGACUAUGCUUAUUGCCUACCGAUCCAUUUCUUUAACGUGGUUUUGGAUCACCGGAAGAUAUUUGGCAACCCGGUCGAGAGCGGUGAUAGUUCUCCAGCUGCCGAGGAGACGCUCGAGCAGAGUUCGCCAAGCCGUCCGCUUCGACUAGUCGGUAAAGGCGUCAAUCAAAACGCUUUCAGAGAAUUCUACGACCUCGGAAACAGUUUUGGGAGCAGGUUGUAUCACAAACCGGCUGGGAUCAGGACACCUCUCUCACGAGCUGCUGAGCUUGGGCAUGGGCCAUUGUCAAGCUCCUGCUCGAUCAUGGUGCCCGAGUAG